AUGAUAAUUCCCAUAAUAUUGUCAAAUGAAUCUAAUGAAAAGGGUAUUAUUAUUAAUAAAGAAAAAGAAUUACAGAAUCAUUUUAAUACAAAAAUUAUCAAUCUAAUUGAUGAUGAAUAUAUUAGUAGUGGUAAAAGUAAUGUGUCAAAAUAUGAUUUAAAAUUUAAUAGAUCAGAGGAGGACGCCAUUAAAUUUCUUCAUCGCUUUGGUUAUUUGAAAAGUGUCAAAUUAAAGGACAAAAAUAAUGAUACUAAAAGAAGGCGACUUAGGCGUGCAAUUGCAAAAUUUCAAAAAUUUGUUGGAUUAAAUAAAACUGGGCAUCUGGAUAAUGAAACAAUUAAAUUAAUGAAAAAAGGCAGAUGUGGAAAUAAGGAUAUUUUUAAAAAAGAACGAGGAAGAAGAUAUGUUUUUGAAGGAUCUCAUUGGGGUAAAAUAAAUAUAAGUUGGACAAUAUCACAACAUUCUUCUAAAUUUCCAAGACAUCUUGUUUAUAGAACUUUAACAAGAGCAUUUGGUGUUUGGCAACAAGAUACACCAUUAACAUUUUUAUAUAUUAAAAAUGGACCAGCUGACAUUAAAGUAGGAUUUUAUAAAAGAAAACAUGGAGACGAUGAAGAUUUUGAUGGACCAGGAGGUAUAUUAGGACAUGGAUAUUUUCCAAGAUAUGGUGGUGAAGUUCAUUUUGAUGAUGAUGAAUAUUUUUCUAUUGGUUAUCAUCAUCAUGGUAUUAGUCUUUUUUCAACAGCUGUUCAUGAAAUUGGUCAUUCUUUAGGAUUAAAACAUUCAUAUCGUCAUGAUAGUAUAAUGAGACCAUUUUAUCAUCUUAGUCCAUUAAAAUAUUUAAAAUUAGGAAGAGAUGAUAUUGAAGGUAUUUUUCAUAUUUAUGGUAAAUAUUUAAAGGUAUCAUCUAAAAAUAAUUUACAAUAUAUUUAUAAAAAUAAUUAUUAUUUUAAUAAAAAUAAAAUACCACCUAUGGUAGAUAAAGAAAAAGAUAUUAUAUCAUUAAAUAAAAAUUUCCCUAAAACAAAAUAUUCUUAUCAAUCAGAAGGAAAUUUAAAACAAGAGAUAAACAAUCUCCCAACAAUAAUGAAUAUGAAAUCAUAUAAUAUAAAAAUGAGACAUCCUAAUUUAUGUAAAGAUUCAUCAAUUGAUGCAAUAGUAGAAUUAUUUAAUGAAACAGUUAUUAUAUUUAAAGAUAAUUGGAUGUUUCAUUUAGAAAAUUCUAAAAUAAACCCAUCAAAAACAAAACGUAUUUCUGAUUUUUGGCCAUCUAUAACGGGUAAGAUAGACGGUAUAACGAUGGAUAGUAAUGGUGAUUUUUAUAUGUUUCAACAAAAUAAAUAUUGGAUACUUGAUAGAAAUUUUGUAAUAAGAAAAAAUUAUCCAAAUUUAAUUUCAAGAGGUAUACCUAAUCUUGGUAGUGAUAGUGUUGAUGCUGUAUUUCAUUUUUAUCUUAAUGAAUUACCAUAUAUAUUUAAAAAUGAUACAUAUUGGAUAUUUAAAUCUAAUCAACGUCAUCCAAGUAUUAAAAAACCAAUAUCAAGUAUAUUUAAAAAUUGUGGUGAUUGUAAAAUUCCAUCAAAAAUAGAUGCAGCAUACUCUUCAUCAAAUGGAUUAAGUUAUAUAUUUGUUGGUAAAGAAUACUAUCGUCUUCAAAAUAAACAUCCAUUAAGGAUAGCAAGUGGUUUUCCACAAGAUAAUGCCAAACAUUUUUUUGGAUGCAUUUAA